AUGUCGCUACCUCCUUCUCUUGACGACCUGAUCAAAUCUCAGCCGGCCAAUGGCAAGACGCGAUUUCUGAGUAAGGCUCAACGGGAGAAGCGCAAGCAUGAGCAGGUAGUCAAACCCCCCGCUGCUGUUGUGAAGCCGAAAUCUCUUAAAAAAAGGGCACCAGAUCCAAGUUUGGCGAACUCCUCGAGCGAAGGCAACGGAGACAUGAACGACGCUUAUUUUGUUCCGAUAGUGGAACUGCCGCGACGUCGUCAGGAUCUCGAGUUUGACGACGUUCACUGGUCGGAAAAAGAUCUCUCCAAAAUGACCGACAGAGACUGGAGAAUAAUGCGGGAAGACUUCAACAUCAGCACUAAAGGCGGAAAACUGGAGAGUCCCUUGCGUAAGUGGGAGGAAAGCCAGAUCUCGCCGCUCAUUAUCCAGCAACUAGAAGCUCUAGGAUACAAAGAGCCAACGCCGAUUCAAAGGGCAGCUGUUCCGAACGGACUGACGGGCAGAGAUCUGGUGGGUAUUGCCGAGACCGGUUCGGGAAAGACGUUGGCAUUUCUGGUCCCCUGUGUGAACUAUAUUCUGCAGAUGCCUCGGCUCGGCAGAUUUGAGGGCCCUUACGUGCUAAUUUUGGUUCCAACGAGAGAAUUGGCGUUGCAGAUUGAGCGAGAGUUCUCCAAGUUUGCGUCUCUCGGGUUUGACGCGAUCUCGCUGAUUGGAGGACACUCGUACGACGAGCAUGCCGCAAAGCUGGAGCGUGGCGUGGAGGUGAUCAUAGCCACUCCCGGUCGGCUCGUGGACUGUCUGGAGCAGCAGUUAGUCUCUCUAGAUCGGUGCUUUUUCUUGGUGAUGGACGAAGCUGACCGGAUGAUCGACAUGGGGUUUGAGAACGAUCUAAACAAAAUCCUGGACAGCCUACCGGAUGGGUCUGAGAAUCCGCACUACGCGGGUCCCGGAGAGCCCAAAAGAACCACCAUGAUGUUUACGGCGACCAUGCCGCCGCAGAUCGAGAAAAUAAGCGCAAAGUAUCUGAAAAAUCCAGGAACUGUUAUGGUCGGCGAGGUCGGCGGUGCGGUCGACAGCGUGCGCCAAGAAGCCAUCCAGGUUGAUGACACGGAGGAGAAACGCUUGCAAGUACUGCAGAAGGUGCUCACGCGCGGCAUCUACCUGCCUCCAAUCAUAGUUUUCGUGAAUUUCAGGAAAACAUGCGAAAUGGUGGCAGAAUUUUUGGAGCAGCUGGGAUUCAACGCCGUGACGAUGCACGGCUCGAAAACGCAGGAACAGCGCGAAUAUGCCAUCCAGCAGAUAAAGGAGGGCAGGGCGGAUAUUCUGGUGGCUACGGAUGUGGCGGGACGAGGAAUUGACAUUCCGGACGUGUCGCUCGUGGUUAACUUCCAAAUGGCGAAAAAUAUCGAGGAUUACACACAUAGAAUCGGACGCACGGGACGGGCUGGAAAAGAGGGUACGGCAAUCACGUUCUGGAGCGCUGCGGACGCGGAUGUGCUGUACCAUCUCAAACAGAUGAUCACCAAAAGCCCUGUCAGCAGGUGUCCGGACGACCUGAAAAGACACCCUGCUGCGCAGAAAAAGGUGGUGAGAAACAUUGAAGUCUGA